AUGGCUUCAUCUUUGACAAACCAUUGGGUUGUUGGCGGUUCAUCCUGUCAUGAAUACACGAGCAGCAGAUCUGAUGAUUGCUUCAAGGUAUUGACUUGGAAUCACAAUGUGAUCAAGGGGAAGCAGUUCUUGCCCAGAGAAAAGGCUUCUUUGACUGGUUGGCAGAUCGCCCGCGCUGUACCAAAAGAUCCCAAGAAGUGGUGGGAGAUAGACAUGAAGGACAACAUGAUAAAUAUCAAAUCACAGGACAAUUUUGAUGAACAGCUUCUGAUGGCCAGAGAUAAAUUCACAGUGGUGCACUUCUUUUCACCUAGCUGUGGAGCUUGCAAGGCCCUACACUCUAAGAUCUGUAAGAGGCUCCAUGUCUGUGUCUUGCCAUUGUUCCGCUUUUACAGAGGCACCGAAGGUCGUAUUUGUAGCUUCAGCUGCACAAUUUCAACUAUUCAUAAGUUCAAAGAUGCUCUGAAAAGGAAUGGGGUUCAGAUUGAGAGUCAAGCAGCAGAAAAGGGGUUGGAAGAAUAUGAACUUAAGAGCCUUGACCCACCUACUGAUAUCUCAAAUGCAAGCUUGGGCUGGGAGGCCAUACCGGAUGAAGAGGCGAUGCUAGACCUCUUACGCAAACACAUAGGUGGUCAGCAGAUGCUUUAUGUAUAUUCGUCAGCCUGGUUGCAGAGUUGGCAACUUGCCAGGUACAGCAUCCAUGCUGCACUUGGCCAGCCUGUCAGCAGUCCAGCAAUGGUUCAAGAUGACUAG